UUUUUUUCCGCCCUGCGCGCAUGUGCUCGCUCGACGCCGGCGCUUCCCUUUCCCGAGCGCUUUUCAGGCGAGCCUCGUUUCCAAAGUGAUUGGAGAAACCGCCGCCCGAGUGGCUGCCGCUUUUGCUUGGCCCGCCGAGAAGCCCCAGCCAUGCCUGCCCCGGCCCACUUCUGGGAGCUCCGGGCGGCGCUGCUCUGCGCCUUGCUGUGCGCGCGAGGCUUGGUCCCCAGCCAGGCAGGGGAAUGUAAAGAUCUGGAGUCAUGUAAGCAGUGCACUGAAGGCUCUCCUUCCCAGAAUAUUACAAACUGCAUUUGGAAACACUGUCAGGAAUCUCAUGAGAAGUCAGGUAUGGGGAGCUGCGUGAAGAAUGGAGAAGCGUUGAAGGAGAAAUGUUCAUUUUUCAACACUACUGUCAGCUGUGAAGAACUAAAGCUAACUACCACAGUGCAUCCCCACCCAACGACAAAGGAGCCUCCGCAACCAUCUUCCAAGCAGCCUAAGAUUCCCACACAUGGUUCGACCACCGGCCCACCCAAAACUCUCCCACCUGAGUUCUACCCGGCCGGCUUCGACUCUGCCAGCUUCAUUGGAGGGAUCGUCCUGGUGCUCAGCAUCCAAGCUGUCGCCUUCUUUGUGGUGAAGUUCCUCCGGUCAAAGGACAACACCUAUCAGACGCUGAUCUAAAGGCUGAUCUCCAGGGAGGUGUCUUGAUGUACAUCGUUUUGGCUGGAAGACCACUUGGAGAAGAGGCCAAUUUGGCCAUGUUUGGAAGCCAGGACAUUCUCUUUCCAUCUGAUGGAACUUCUGAAGAAGAUAAUCCAAAAAUCCGAACCUCAGCACCCUGUUACCAAGCCCAUGGUGCUUGGCUUGGAUGUACAAUAUGGCUCCUCUAGACUUGAUGCAGAAGACUAUACAGUAUAAAUGACUAUCCACAAGACCACGCUUUGAGCUGCAGGAAACUUCAUCUGCUUGACUGUGGAUGUAUGUAACUCAGAUUAAGAAUCUCUUCAACCAACUGGAAUUUUUCUUUAUAGGCUUUCUUUAUUGUAAUUAUUCUUCUUCUAAGCCCACAAAAAGCCUUUUAUCUCUUUCUUGAUACAAUGGAUCAAGCCCCGACUUUGCAUCUUAAGAAUUUAUUUUAACCUUUGAAUUCUUUUUUUCUGAUCUUUUUUAUUUCUUUCCUGGUGUUGUAAGCAGUGCUACAACAGAACAAUAUAUAUAGUUCAUGCAUUUGCAGAUUAAGCUGCUAAUCCUUUUUUUUUUUUAAAUGCCUGGCAGCCCUAAGGAUUAGCAAAGUGAUCUACUAGUUUUAGUUACUUACGAUUUCAGUGUAAAACUUUGUUACUUUAAAAAAAAAUGUGAGUGCCCCAUUCUAGUCUCUCCCAUUAUUGCUCAAAUGUUUAUUUGUUUUUCAAUCCUAACAGCCAAUGUGGAAUAGUUUUGCAACCUGAACUGCUUCGAUACAUGUCAAUUUAGCCAGGUGCUUUUUCAAUAGUGGUACCGUAUUCAGAUGUUAAAAUGCUUGGUUCCUCCUGUUAAACUGAUUGCGCAAAAGACAAGGGGUCUCCUUCACACGUAGCAUGUUUUCUGAUAGAGGAAUUGUAGACGACGGGAGCAGAAACCUAGCAGGCUUUGUGAAACUGAACUAAUGUUGAGCCUCUCUGAAAUUGCCUGUUUAUUGAAGAGUGAAUCCCUUAAAACACCCUUAAAACACAUCCUUCGGUUCUUUUCGAGAAGCAGAGAGAUCCUUUGCUACAAAACUGGCAGCGAAAGCAAGGGGGGGGAACCAAGAGGCUUUUUCAAAUAAAAUGCAAUAUUUAUGGACA